AAUUCUAAACCAAACAACAGAUUCUCAUAAUCAUCUCUCUCUUUUUCCUCUUUAAGAACGGAAGAAAGAUCGAAGCUUCGAAGUUAUAAACAAAAAUUAACAAAAUGGGUCUUAUCGGCUUCUUGUUAAUGGUUAUUCUCGGAGUAAUGACGUCAUGCGUCAAUGGCUACGGUGGCGGUUGGGUAAACGCACACGCUACAUUCUACGGCGGUGGUGAUGCCUCCGGCACAAUGGGAGGUGCUUGUGGUUACGGAAACCUCUACAGCCAAGGGUAUGGAACAAACACGGCGGCGCUGAGCACGGCUCUGUUCAACAACGGGUUGAGUUGUGGUGCUUGCUUCGAGAUAAGAUGUCAAAACGACGGAAAAUGGUGUCUCCCUGGUUCGAUCGUCGUCACAGCAACUAACUUUUGCCCGCCAAACAACGCUUUACCUAACAACGCAGGAGGUUGGUGUAACCCUCCUCAGCAGCAUUUCGAUCUCUCUCAGCCCGUUUUUCAACGCAUCGCUCAAUACAGAGCCGGCAUUGUCCCCGUCGCCUACAGAAGAGUGCCUUGUGUGAGAAGGGGAGGAAUAAGAUUUACGAUAAACGGACAUUCUUACUUCAACCUCGUUCUGAUAACCAACGUAGGAGGAGCCGGAGAUGUUCACUCGGCGGCGGUUAAGGGUUCAAGAACAGGGUGGCAAGCUAUGUCAAGGAACUGGGGACAAAACUGGCAGAGUAACUCUUACCUAAACGGACAAGCUCUCUCUUUUAAAGUCACAACCAGCGAUGGUCGGACCAUCGUCUCCAACAACGUCGCUUCCGCAGGCUGGUCCUUUGGCCAGACCUUCACCGGCGCGCAGAUACGCUAGGUCGAGGGCAAUUUGGUAAACUCUCAUAUCAUUUGACUAAAGUGAUGAAAACAAGUGGUUCGUGUGGUAGUAGUAGAAAGCUUAGAGAAAAGGAGGGCAUAUUAGUAAUUUGGUCCGUUAUUUCAGUUUGGGGUUUUACCUGAAAAGAAGUGGUGUGCUUCGAGUGCUUGAUUUUGCACAGGCCUUGAUGACGUCAUCUUUUGGGACUUUUUUUUUUUCUUUCUUCUUAUUAUUGGUAAGGUUUUAGAAGUUUUACUGAUGCAGAGGUGGACUUAAUAAGUACCACCCGCUAGUAGUAAAAAUUCCGUUUGUAUCUCCUCUUGAAGCGAGAGGGAGAGUUUCAGCUUUUCAAGAAAUUGUUAGAUUUGUAUUCUGAGUGUUCUAGUCAAGUCAUGUAAUGUUGUAAAUUUUCAAUUUUUACAAGUAAGGAAUAUUGGUGAUUUGUUAUUUUUA